GCGCGCCGCGGAAUGCUGCUCUGAUUCCGAACGGUUCCUCGGAGAUGGAGCGAGGGCUGAGGCGCUGAUAUCUGCACUUUUAUCCAUGAUAUUCAACUCGAAAAGGACGUUCUGUUGACGCGGACCUGCCAAGAGCUUCCCCAUCUUCCAUAUUCGUGCGGAAUUAAAACUUUUACGGCUCGAUUUCGUCAACUUUUUAUUAGUUUUUUCCCCUCCGGGUGAAAAUGCCGCAGCCCGCUCGCGCCGUGAGCUUCGUGCUGCUCGUGUUUCUCGUUACGGGGGUUACACCGAUUAACGGAGGCUCGGAGCCGGUGCCGGAGCCGUGUCCGUCUGGGUGCUCGUGUGCGGGAUAUUUAGCGGACUGUAGUGGAUUAAAACACGGCAGGAUCGCGGAGAGGCUCCCCGCGCGGAUCACGCGUCUGGAUCUGAGCCAUAACAAGUUACGCACGUUUCCUGAAGCGCUGCUCGCCAGUCUGCCGCAGCUCAGCGAAAUAAAACUGAGUAACAACGAGUUCGAGUCGAUCCCGGAUUUGGGCCCAAACGCUGGAAACCUCAGCAGUCUGAUUCUAGCAAACAACAGGAUCUCGAGGAUCUCUGCAGAGCAGCUCAGUUCGCUGGUCGCCCUGGAGACGCUGGACCUUAGCAACAACAAUAUUAUGGAGGUUCGCGCCGGGGCUUUUCCUCCUCUUCCUCUGAAAAACCUGUUGAUGAAUAAUAACCGUAUUUCCACGCUGGAGCACGGCUGCUUCAGUAACCUGUCCAGCUCGCUGCUGGUGUUAAAACUCAACAAAAACCGCCUGAGCUCCAUCCCGCCCAAGAUCUUUCCUCUACCGCACCUGCAGCACCUCGAGCUGAGCAGGAACCGUGUGCGGCGCAUCGAGGGUCUGACGUUUCAGGGGCUUCACGGCCUGCGCUCGCUGAAGAUCCAGAGGAACGGCGUCACACGGCUCAUGGACGGCGCUUUCUGGGGUCUGAACAACAUGGAAGUCCUGCAGCUGGAGUACAAUAACCUGACGGAGGUGAGCAAAGGCUGGCUCUAUGGCCUCCUGACGCUGCAGCAGCUGCAUCUGUCACACAACACCAUCAGCCGCAUCAAACCCGACGCCUGGGAGUUCUGCCAGAAACUCGCCGAGCUUGAUCUGAGCUGGAACCAGUUGAGCCGUUUGGAGGAAAGCAGUUUCGUCGGACUCGGCGUCCUCGAGCAGCUCCACAUCGGAAACAACCGCAUCAGUUUCAUCGCUGACGGAGCAUUUCGAGGCCUCCCCAACCUGCAGGCGCUAGAUCUGAAGUAUAAUGAAAUCUCAUGGACCAUCGAGGACAUGAACGGCCCUUUCUCUGCUCUCGACAAUCUGAGGAAACUGUUCCUCCAAGGCAAUCGUAUCCGAUCGGUCACCAGGAAGUCCUUCACAGGCCUGGACUUGCUGGAGCAGCUGGACUUGAGCAACAACGCCAUCAUGUCGGUUCAAGCCAACGCUUUCUCUCAGAUGAAGAAACUCUCAGAGCUGUACGUAUUGCUGCCGUACUUCACCAAAAUGCCGAUGGACCUGACGAUCCGCGCCGGAGCCACCGCGCGACUGGAGUGCGCCGCUAGCGGACACCCGUCUCCUCAGAUCGCCUGGCAGAAGGACGGAGGCACGGAUUUCCCUGCGGCCCGCGAGCGGCGGAUGCACGUCAUGCCGAGAGACGACGUGUUCUUCAUCGUGGACGUGAAGACGGAGGACAUCGGCGUUUACAGCUGCACUGCGCAAAACACCGCCGGCGCCAUCUCUGCUAACGCUACGCUAACGGUGCUGGAGACGCCGUCGUUCCUGCGUCCGCUGAUGGACCGUGUGGUGGUGAAGGGCGAAACGGCGGUGCUGCAGUGUAUCGCGGGCGGAAGUCCUCCGCCUCGACUCAACUGGACCAAAGACGACAGUCCGCUGCAGGUGACGGAGCGACACUUCUUCGCUGCCGGGAACCAGCUGCUGAUCAUCGAUGAUGAGACGAAUCUCCCAGCAGACAUCCCGAGCUAUCUGUCAUCUCAGGGAACGCUAGCGGAGCGUCAGGACGGAUUCAUGGCGUCUGAGAGUGGCAGCAGCCAUCAGUACAUCAGCUCCUCCACGGGAGGAUUUUACAUGCCACCCAAAGACCUCAACAGCCUCUGCCAGCUGGACACAGGAAGUGAUGCGGACAUGGAGGCGGCGAUCGACCCCCUGCUGUGCCAUUAUCAGGGGCCUGUGGGUUCACUGCUGAGACGGAGCAACCGCUACAGCCCCGAUCUGCACGACAGCUGCAGCGCGUGUGCGUCCGUCGGAGCCGCUUCCUCCUGCAGCAGGAAGUGUGAGUUCUACACCUGCAGCUCCGCCCUCGAGCCCUUCGAUCACAUGAUGAUGCAGCUGGGGGACACUUCCUGUGUGGAGGACUGUGAGAGCGGACAGUGCGUUCUGGGCUCCUCGGGGUCAUAUAUGGGUACGUUUGGGAAAGCGGCGUGGCGGCCGCAGCAGGAGCUCUGCGCUCAUAACGCCGUCAUUCUUCAGGAGAAUCCGUACGCAGCGCUUCACGCCGACUCAGACCUGGACGAGGAGCACGCGAGCGUUUACCAGCAGCCGCUUGAUCACCGGACGAUAGAGAGCGUUCCCACGUCACCGCUGGGCUCUUAGCGCCUUCGACACGACGACGACCAAAAACCAGAAACGCUCUACCUCAAGACAAGAGCUGCGACUGAAUGUAAAUGACACGUUUGUACAGAAAAACAGAUUAUAUGCAUUUUAUACCAAAUUAUAUUUUGUAAAUUAAUAGUGUAAAUAUGACCCUUAUUUUUCUCUUUUCCUGCGAUAUAUGCGACAGAUCGAGGACUAGUUUAACUGUGGACUCUAGUUUGAUCCGGAUCUGUUUAUGAUGUUUAUUCCGCUUUGGCUUUUGCUUUGAAUAAAGCACCAUUUGCACAAACUAGUACACAAUAAACAUUCCCGUGAG